AUAUAUAAAAGGCUUAAUAUCGCUCAUAUUUCAAUCUCAUCCAGAAAAGAAAACACAACUGAUCGCAUAAGAGAGGUCACAACAAGAAUUUGAAUCGUUAUUUUGGGUUUGUGGAUUGAAUUCGUGCUGAUAACUCACUCAUCAGGAUUGCGGAACCGUUUUGGUGGAGCUUUCAUUUUUGAAUAAAUUAGACGCCUUCAGAUAUUGCCGGUAAUUCUACCAACACUUCGGGUGGUUCACAGAGCAACGUUUACAACUUUUUCGAGAACUGUCUGGUGUGUUGCUUAAAUUAAAAUGAUGCCCAUCUACAUGGACUCAUAUCCUCACCAAAGAAGCCAGGUGCCAUCUGGUCAGGUUUAUUAUCCUAGCUAUGAUGGCAUCCCGCCUCAGAUGACGGUGGAUCAAGCUAUAUAUCCUAUGAUGUGUGGACCUUGGAGUAAUGGCAGCAACUGUGGCCACAUGAACCCGUGUUAUGCAUGCUCCAACCAUGGCAACUUCCCAGUUUAUUACAGUUUUAAUCCUCCUACCUCUCAUUUCACAUCGUCACCAUGCCAUCAUAGCUGUGGACAUCAUCCUGUAUUCAAUGCACCAUACCAUGUGCAAUACCCAUUUUCUCCACAUCAUUCAAUGGUGCAGCCUAGGCAUGAAUAUGAUAAGGAGGCACAAAGAGACUAUCACUGCUGUGGCUGUCCUAAUCACAUAUGCAAUCAGAGAAGUGAAAGAGGUGUAAAGAUUGAAGAGCAGGAGCCUGACAUUGCGAAGAAAAAUGAUUCAUUGGUUCCAAUCAACUCAAAAAAUAACCCAUAUCCAGUUAUGUGGAUCCCACCUGAGUAAAUGAUGAAAAAUUAUGAGUAUGGAAGGCCUCUUGAAUCGGAGGUAGCAGACCAGAAGAAUGCUUCAUGCAACACAAAAUCCCAUGAGGAUAUAAAGUCCUCUGAAAAAGGGCCAACAGUUUGGAAUGGCUGGUUUCCACUAGACUUGAACAGCCUUAAACCUUUGAUGCAUGAUGAGGAUAAAGAGAGAACAGACAACCAACUGAAUGAGGAUAAAAUGAGGCAAUUCCCAUAUCCCAUUAUCUGGAUGCCCUCUAAUGAUGGGAAAGAGGAGGCUCAAAAGGACCAAAGGAAGAUGAAUGGCUGGUUUCCAAUUGACACAAGUGGCCUCAAACCCUUGAUGAAAGGUGAAGAUGAGAAGGGAAGACAGAAUCAACAAGUUGAGGAUAAAAGGAGGCAAUUCCCUUAUCCUAUAAUCUGGGUGCCUUCUCAUAGUGAGCAAGAGCAGGCUGAAAAGAAAGACAAAAGGGAUCCAAAUGCUGAUUCAAUUGCUGAGGAGGAACCACUAUCCAGCUUCAAGUUCAUUCCCGUGAAGCCUUCAGAGAUCGAUGAUAGCAUGAACAAAUCUGAAAACAAGAAAAAUUCUGGUGGUCAGGCUAAAAGCUCACAGACAAUGGAGAACAUUCCCAAUCAGAAACUCAAUUCGACAAAGAAAGUGGAAGUGCAGAGAAAGGAAGACAACUCUGAUGAAACUAAGAAAGUAUGUGAUGCUCCAUCAAAGUAUGCCGAAAGUGUUGUUACAGACAAUCCUACAGGAAACAGUGUUAGAAGACAGUUAUCCCCUCAAAAGACAUCUAAGUUACCUCCCGUUUCUCUGAGAGUUGAACCUUUAUCAAGAAAGAAAAAUGGUGAUGGCAGUUCAAGGUCUCUUAGUCCCCCUGGCUCCAACAAACAAUCGCAGGAGAAAGCAAAAGACUCUCACAGGCCUUCUGCUUCAUUGUGUUUGAAAGAGAACACGCUACAGGAUACACAAGCACGAGAUGGUUUCAUGAACAAGAGCAAGGAGGUGGAGCUAGCAGAAGCAGAGAGGAAGGUUGUUGACAUGGCAGAUGAUAAAAACUGUGAAAAGAAGAAUGAAGACUGGAGGAGUGGAUCUCAGAGGGAAAAUUCUGUGAGGUUGCCCGUUGAUUCUGAAAAAGACAUAUCCAGGAAAUCAUCUACAAAGGAAACUGAAAAGGAUGGUUACAAGUUCAAAGAGGACAAGAGGGUAAGAGAGGGGGGAGAUAUUGUGAGUGAGAUGGCAACCGAAGUAACUAAAGCAUCUCAUUCAGCUGAAGCACCUGAUGGUGAAGGACUAAAAAAGAUAAAGAAUUUGUCCGAUGUGGAAGCUGCCAUGCGUAUUCAGUCUGACCGCGGGUUUGAGGUGAGGAGAAUGGAACCACUGAAGAAAUUGAAGCAAAUGGCUACUGUCUGUGAACAGGUGGCAGAGGUUAGAAACCGUAUACAAGCUCUUGAAUCUUCUUCUAAUUUACAGAAAAAUGAUAGGGAAAGAGAUGUAAUUGGGGAAAUGAUAAUGCGGCUUCUUCUGAAAUUAGACACCAUUCAGGGCUUGCAUCCAAGUCUUAGGGACAUCAGAAAAGCUUUGGCGAAAGAGCUCAUAACCCUGCAGGAAACACUUGAUCUGCUGGUUACCAAGAAGUCUAAAGAAGUUACUAAAGUUUCUACUGAUCCCAAGAUUGACGCCCACACUGAUGUAAGCAUGCAUGAAAUGCAAAACAAGGAGGCAGGAAUUGUUGAAAACUCUGUUGAGACCAGUGGUGAUAAUAGCAUUAACAUGAAAGAGAAAGAUCAUAGUCAGCUUUCCCAGAAUGCACCAAGAGAAGAGAAUGCUGCCAAUGGAGUGCAUGAUCCUAUUAAAACUUUCAAGACAGAGAUAGAAGAGAAAAAUGGAGUCAAGCCCAGCUCUGAGGAAAUAGUGGGGGCACUGGCUGCAGGUGAUGCACUACAUGUGGAUGAUAAUCUGCGGGUGAACGAGUUGAGGGAAUUGCCUAUUGAAUUGAUUGAAGAGCAUCCUGCGGUUUCCAAGUUGGAGGAAGUCAAACUAACUGGGAAAGGGGAGAACGAGAUUGAAGAUGGUGAAAUGGAAUCCAACAUGUUAUCAGGUCCUAAUUUAUCGACUGAUGUUGAUAACAUGAUGGCCUGUGAAGUUGAAGUUGACAACAAGACAGCAGCCACCAAAGAGCCAGAAACAAAUCUGUUGGCUGAACUUCCUCUGGGUGUAAUUGAAGAUGAGCCAGCUGUUUCUGCAUUUGAAGAGCCAGAAACAAAUUUGUUGGCUGAACUUCCUCUGGGUGGAAUUGAAGAUGAGCCAGCUGUUUCUGCAUUUGAAGAGCCAGAAACAAAUCUGUUGGCUGAACAUCCUCUGGGCGUUAUUGAAGAUGACCAGUUGUUUCUGCAUUUGCGGAGCACGAACAGACUGAGGCAGGAAGGAGAGACCUUAUGCCAUGGUGAAGCGAUAGAUAAUGUGGCAACCAAUACAACUGCUCUAAUGGAAGAAGAAGAUUUGGUGAAGGUGAUGGAGGUGCCUGUGAAUGCAGUACCCGAAGUAGGAAAUUCAACCUUGUCUUCAAUAGCAGAGGGAGUAAAAAGUGAUGAAGUGGCUAUAGUUGGAGAGAGAGAUGAGCUGCGUUGUGAGUUUGAAAGCACCAAGAAGAUGCUGUUGUUGCUACACCAACAUCCCAGAAAUCUCUUGAUGAAAGACAUUGUAAUGGAAAGAGAUAAGAAGUUGAUAGAAGAGAAUGCAAAAUUAAGAGAGAUGAUGGAGAAGCUGAUGGAAGCAGGAAAAGAGCAGUUAACUGUGAUAUCCAACUUAACUGGAAAAGUGAAAGAUUUGGAGAAAGCUGUCGAAGAACAAAAAACAUGGAACAAGACGCUACAGAAAAACUGGUACCAAAUUGUUUAAUAAUUCCACAAAGGACAGGGCUGCUAGUGUGUGCUAUGUAAGCAAGCGAGAUCUUUCUCAAAAUCAAAAACAGUUGGUGAUAUAUAUGUAAUAUGGAACAUGUAAUGGUCGUGGCUGAGUGACAGUAUGGUUGAUGCGUCUAAUGUGUUUGGUAUGUAUGAAAUAAAAUUUAUGUUUCUUUUAAUAGUUUGGUAUUUGCUGCUUGUCCAAGGUAUGUUAUUAUAAUACUGGAUACAUCUAGAACUUCUGUAGCGCAUUUUGAGCAGCGACGUGAAAGCAUUCACAUUUCACCCUUGUUA